AAUCUUUUUCUGUAAUCCAAAAAGUGUUUUGGGUUGUUUUUCUGAGAAUCCCAGUUGGUAUUACUGAAGAAAUCCGCGGUAGAAAGACUGGAAAUUCUGGGCCAAAAAGUGUUUUCCUCUUUUCAAGCUUCUCUCAGUUUAUGCUGAAGAAAAUAUAUGAUUUGCUGUUAGAUUCAGAUAUGCUUGCUGAGUUGUGGAGAGUGUGCUUAAUCUCCUUGGCUUUGUGUUAACAAGACUACUGUUUUGAUUUUUUUUCCCUAUCUGGUCGUUGUGAGUGAGAAGGUAUGGAGCUCAAGGAGAAGAUAGUGAGGUUUUGUCCUGACGAAAAACAACACUCUGAUGUGCUGUGGGAGAGAACUGAUUCCCUUUGCCCUCAAACUCCCUCGCCCCUAUACAAGGUUUCAGCUCCUCUGCUGAAAUCUGAUGGCCCAAAUUCUGAUGCCCAUGGCCAUGGUCUUGACAGAGGUGGAGGUGGAGGAGGUGUCAGAAGUAAAAUUACUGGGAGUUUCAAACUUGGGAGGUCUAAGGUCUUUCCAGAAGACCAUGAGCCAUGGAAGAUAAAGAUACUUGACCCAGGCAGUAUACUUGUCUUGCGAUGGAACAAGUUUUUCCUGUUCUCGUCCUUGGUAGCUCUGAUUUUAGACCCAUUGUUUUUCUAUCUGCCUGCUUUAGGGGGAGUCCAGGGGGAUGUGAACUCAACAUGCUUGGAGAUGGAUUUGAAUCUAGGGAUCGUUGUGACAUGUUUCCGAACAGUUGCCGAUCUAUUUUAUCUGUUGCACGUCCUCAUAAAGUUCCGGACUGCAUAUGUAGCACCUACCUCCCGGGUGUUUGGGAGGGGUGAGCUUGUAAUGGAUUCUAAGAAGAUUGCAAGGAGAUAUUUAAGAACAGAUUUCGUCAUCGAUCUGGCGGCCACACUACCUCUUCCACAGGUUGUCAUUUGGUUUAUAAUUCCAGCAAUUAGAAGCUCCCACACUGAUCAUACCAACAAUGCCCUUGCACUCAUUGUACUGCUCCAAUAUAUUCCAAGAUUAUAUCAGAUUUUUCCUUUGAGUUCAGAAAUUAUUAGGGCUAAUGGAGUAAUCACAAAGACUGCCUGGGCUGGGGCGGCAUAUAAUCUACUACUCUACAUGAUAGCCAGUCAUGUUUUAGGGGCAUCGUGGUACUUGCUGUCAAUUGAGCGGUACACAACAUGCUGGAAAAAUGAAUGCAGAAAUGAAGUUGGCCCUUUAAAGUGCAGUCUUAGUUAUUUAGACUGUGAAUUUUCGCAGAACAAUGAUCGCAUGAUUUGGGCAAACAGUACAGUUGUGUUUAAUAACUGUGAUGCCAACAAUAACAAUAUCACUUUCAAUUAUGGAAUGUUUGCAAAUGCACUGACUAAUAAUGUUGUCUCCUCAACAUUCCUUGAGAAAUACUUCUAUUGUUUGUGGUGGGGCUUACAAGUCUUAAGUUCAUAUGGGCAGACUUUGGUAACAAGCAUGUAUAUUGGGGAGAAUUCAUUUGCCGUACUUAUUGUCAUUUUGGGUCUGGUGUUAUUUGCCCAUUUGAUUGGGAACAUGCAGACCUACUUGCAAUCCCUCAGCCAAAGGCUUGAGGAGUGGAGACUUAAACGGAGGGACACUGAAGAAUGGAUGAGGCAUCGCCAACUUCCUCAAGAUUUGCAGGAACGCGUUCGAAGAUUUAUUCAAUAUAAGUGGCUUGCAACACGAGGAGUUGAUGAAGAGGCUAUCCUCCAUGCCUUACCAACUGAUCUCCGUCGAGACAUCCAACGACACCUAUGUUUGGACCUUGUUCGGCGGGUCCCCUUUUUCUCACAGAUGGAUGACCAGCUACUUGAUGCCAUAUGUGAGCGCCUUGUAUCCUCCUUAAGCACUGAAGGUACCUACAUUGUACGUGAAGGUGACCCCGUAACUGAGAUGCUUUUUAUCAUCAGGGGAAGAGUGGAAAGUUCUACCACCAAUGGGGGAAGAACAGGUUUCUUUAAUUCCAUUACUUUAAGACCAGGUGAUUUUUGUGGUGAGGAGCUGCUUGCAUGGGCUUUGCUUCCAAAGUCGACUGUUAACUUGCCCUGUUCCACAAGGACAGUAAGAGCGCUUACUGAAGUGGAAGCCUUUGCCUUGCAAGCAGAAGAUCUCAAGUUUGUCGCCAACCAGUUUAGGCGCUUACAUAGUAAGAAGCUGCAGCACACUUUCCGCUUCUACUCACACCAUUGGAGGACGUGGGCAGCCUGUUUCAUACAGGCUGCUUGGCGUCAAUACAAGAGGAGGAAGUUGGCAAAGGAUCUCUACAUGCAGGAGGCCUUGUCUUUCUCUUAUCCAUCAGGUGAGCAAUCAGCUGUUGAGACAGGACAAGAGGGAGAAUACUCUGCUGCUUCAACGAUUCCCUCCAAAGCACAACAAAAUCUUGGGGUCACAAUAUUGGCUUCAAGGUUUGCUGCAGGCACAAGGAGGGGAGCUCAGAAGCUCAAGGGUGUUGAGAUUUCCUUACAGAAGCCUGAAGAACCUGAUUUCUUUAUCGGGGCUGACGAUGAUUAG